AUGGAAAUUUCUCCCACCUAGUAUGAUGAUAUUGCUAAUAUCACAUUCUCCUCAACAAGUAGCAUCAAUCAUGAAAACACAAAUUCUUGCACCUUUGAUGAUGAAUGUAAUAGUUUGAACAAAACAAGUGACUUCUUAAGUAAUGAUCUACCUUAAUAUCUUCCGAACAAACACUCUUUUUAUUCAAAUGAAAUGGAGUCUUUUAACUAAUAGGAUUCUUCAUUUAGAUAAUAAUCUUGGUAUGCUGGGGAAAAUGAGACAUAUUAUUAAUAGAAUGAUUAACCUCAAUUUUAAAGCAACUAACUUUCAAAUGAGCACAUUCAAUCAGAUUCAAAUCAAUGUACACUUGAUUCUUAGAAAGACAAUUAAAGUCCAACUUAGAAUCGUGCUGAUACAGAGAUUAAAUAAUUUGAUAAAGGUUAUGAUUAACCGGUGACUUAAAGAAAGGGAAAAAAGAGAGGACCUCCUUUCAAGGGUAUUAAAAAUUAAAAUAUUAAGCUGCCUAAUAAAAAAAUACACAGCACUAAAAAUGUCAAAAGAAUUGCAAGACUCUUUAGGAAACUAAUAAGUAUUGACAAAUACUCCUUAAGGGAGGAAGUUGUAUUAAAAAUCAGAAACAAUUUCAAUGAUGAUACACAAAAGAAAAUCGAAAAAAUAGAAUAUGAUCUGAUGUAUUGCAAAACUACUGUUAUGGAGAAUAAGGUAUAUGUUCGAGACUUCAAAAAAAAGCCAGUUACCGUAACAAAAGACAACAUCAGCGUCUUAGGUAAACUCUGCUAUUAAUACAAAUUCUAAGAUGAGAUAGAAUUCUUCGAAGAUCCCGUUUACAAUUUCCUAUUCGGCGAUUGUUUGUAGUCCAUGGAGAAAGAGUUCUAAGGUCAGGUAGAUGUUUUGAAAACACUAGAGAGUCUUAAAUUAAGGAUUCGCAAUUGA